CGCGAUAGCUACUUGUACACUCCAGACUCCAGUGUUGAAAUGGCGCAGGUUCGCACGGGCACAAGUAGGAGUUUCGCAGCAACGGACCCCUACAACAACCAACUGCUUGGUAGCGACGGCACUGUCCCGCAAAAUCAUGCUCUGAGGGAUACAUGUGCGUUAGUGGCACAAGACCAAGACCGGAGCGAUCUGCGACCUCAAACGUACGGUAGCAUGGACCACAGUGCUAGCGGUCAACAUUACCAUCGCGAAGGACGUGGAGACAGCGGGCAGUCGCAUGGCGGCACCGGUCGUGACGUCAGAGGCUGGGCUCUGCUGCGCGCUUGUCUGGCUGAGCUACUCGCCACAAUGCUGCUCGUGUGUCUGGGAGUGCUUGGGAGUCGCCAGUUCUCCGUCGCUGUCGACGGCUGGGUCCUUCUGGCAGUCAUGUGCAUCACACACAGGGUCAGCGAUGGACAUCUGAACCCGGCCGUGUUACUCGGUGUAUGGCUGGCAGGCGAGAUGAGUCUGGUGCGGUUGGCGCUCUACACCAUGUGCCAGUACAUCGGUGGCUUAGUUGGAGCGGCAUUGGCACUGGUGUUCACUUCUGACACGUUCUCUCACGUGGCUACCUUCGGUUCAAGCAGUUGUCUUUCUAAGCCGGUCGGCAUUGCAGUAUCACCCAGUGGUACUGUGUAUGUUAGUAACAUGGACAAACACUGUAUCACAAUGUUCUAACUUUUGUGCUGGAGCAUCUUGUUUCUUGUUCUACACUAAUGUUUCUCACUGCUGUGAAACAUGAACAGGACCAGUAUUAGCAGUUUUGUUUGCUCAGGCUUUACUAUAGUAUUUCAGUUUUGGUUGUGUGACACAUCGAGUAUGCAUAACCUUGCCAGUAGCUAACAUGUAUUGUGCAGGCGAACAGUAGAUCCAGCCUUAAAGGAACAGGUAGUC